AUGUCGCUCAAAGUCGUGGGUCUGGGACUCGCUGGCAUAUUUGCAAUAUCAAUUGGAGUUUUAUCAAUCUGGCUGGGUCCUCUGGUCACUGUACUCGGUGUUGGACGGGUUGUGGAGAAGCUUGGAGAUGCGCAUUGCGACACUCUGCCAGAGCUGCAAGCAUGUGAAAAAAUGGUCCUCCAUAGACCCUCUGGAAUGCUUUACAUGAGUUGCUCGACUCCCAUAUCACGCACCAAAUGGUGUCCAACUGUCGACAACCUGGACACCCCAAAGCCACCAACGGACCCCGACGGUUUCGCCAUUGUUGAUACUUCACAACCCCUAUCCUCUGCCUCGUUCAAAAGGGUCACACUCAAGGGUCUACCAAUUGACGAUCCUACCUGGCGUGGCCUUAAUCUCGUUGGACUUGACGUCGUCGAAUCGAGCAUUGAGCCUAAUGUCCUUUGGGUAUACGUGAUCAACCACCGUCCACCACUGCCUCCCAAAACGCCAAAGACCGAUGGUGCAGACAGUUGUGUGGAGAUAUUCCGAACGACAGUUGGGAGCGACGAGUUUAUCCACGUGCGCACGGUGGAAGAUGCAGAGCACAUUGUAACACCAAAUGAUGUCGUUGGGCAGCCAGAUGGCUCGGGAUUUUGGGUCUCCAAUGAUCAUAUCGCUCGCGUCGGCUCGGCACGUACCAUGGAGCUGCUGACAGGGAGAGAGGGCCUCGGGAUUACCUAUUGCACUGUUGUUGGCAACUGCAAGUUUGCCAUUACUGGCAUCCCAAGCUUGAACGGCAUUGUCAGGGCCCCACCUUCAAAGUUGUCCAUGAACCAAGAGCUCUUCUAUGGUGCAGGACAUGCUACAAAUGCCAAGUUGUUUGUGAUGGAGCGCCAGUCGGAUAACUCAUUGGUUCUGUCUGAUACCGUGAACAUGGAUCACGCGAUGGACAACCUCAGCAUAGACGAGCAAGGUUCUGUCUACGUCGCAACAUUCCCAAAGCUUUAUCACUGGAGGACAGGAUAUACAAAGGCACCAGAGACCUACCUGAACCCUCUUCUGUUCACAAGAUAUCCAUCGAUCCCGGUCGAAAAGAUCUUCGAGACGAACGGAACAUUGAUCUCAGGUGCAACAAGCGCUGUGUGGGAUAGUAAAAAGAGAACCCUUUGGAUUCAUGGUGUGGCUAGCAAGAAUUUGGUUGCAUGCAAACUCUAA